CCGCUUUAAUGCAAGGUCGCGCCUGCCAGAUUGUCGAUGCAGCGGACAGGGAGGUGGGACGAGACGGUUGUCAAGGGCCGGAGAUCGAGUCGGCCAUCAGACAGAGGAUAUAAGAACAGGUUGGGAUGUUGACAGAGGAUUCAUUUCCUCGAGUGAGACAUGCAUGGGAGGAUCCCCGCCGCGCGGUGGAGCCGGCGGUAUGUCGUGUCAUGCUCGCGGGCAGGUUUGGCGUGUAACGCGGACGUUGUCCCCGCAUACUCCCCUUGGGCACGGGGGCCUCGCGGGCCUCGGCGGAAUGGGGUUGCUACUAUUCCGGGCAGCUGCAAGGGGGUCGCCUGUGCCCUCGUGCCCCCUCGUGCCUGCCCUAACCUCUGUUUUAUGGCCGAUCACGAAAUGCCCCGAAGGCAUAAGGGCCCACAUUCCGCAUCCGCGUCCGACAACCAUGCAGUGAGAAUGUGCCUCCUUGACCGUCCGUCUGCAUCUGCUGCGUGGAACUGCCAAGGGGUCGUUGGCUUAUGGGAUUCAGUCAGGCGGAGUGACUGA